UAACUGUGCUGGCUGUAGCAACAAGCGACGUACCUACCUUCUUGAACCUUUGUGCUUCGUCCGCGGUUUUGAAAUCAUUUAGGUUUCUCAAUUGACUCAGGUUUGAAAAUUUGCUCAGUGCCGUUCAGUUUUGUCGGAAAAAUGACGACAGGAAUUAGUGACAAUGACAGAGCCGUCCUCAACGCCAUAUUAAAUCCGAACCUACCUAUGUCAACACCGAACGACGAGGAACUUAUGUUAAGAGACACCAGCGAAAGCGAGCAACUGACACCUUCAGUAUGUGAGGCAAAAGAAAGAGAACUAGAAGGAAUAAAAAAAGCCGAAAUGGGUGAGCUUGAUGAUUCAAUCAGACUGCUAACCGAAUCCAUUGAUAUUGCAUCCAGAGCUUCGGCAUUUAACAAUAGGGCCCAAGUUCAUCGAUUAAAAGGAGAUACAUCUGCGGCGAUGCAGGAUCUGAAAACGGCAAUAGAUUUGAGUAAAGGAACUGGGCGUGCAGGCUGCCAGGCAUUCUGUCAAAGAGGGAUUUUGUACCUCUGUCAAGGCAAAGAUUCUCUGGCCAAACAGGAUUUUGAGUCUGCAGCGAAACUUGGAAGUCAAUUUGCCAAAACUCAGCUUGUGCAAAUGAAUCCAUACGCUGCAAUGUGCAAUCAGAUGUUGCAUCAAAUAGUUCAAAUGCAAUUUUUUCCACCUUCACAAGAAUGAUGACUCUUGGCACAGCAUCGUAGCACCAAGGGUGUUUUAACAUGGUAGACGUGAGCAGUAUCAAAGCUGACAAAUCUUAAGAGAGAUUAACAUUGCAAUAAUUGUUUAAAUUCAAUCUAUUUAAGCGCGAGUAAUUGGUUCCAAGGUUUCUCUUCAAAAAUGUGAGUUAAACACAAUUUAAACAAGAAUAAAACGAAGAGACUCUUUCUGAGUUAGGAAUUAGUGAAUAUUCUUUUCAUUCAUAGCUCAUUGAGUUUAUAUUAGUGCAUUAUCCAUUCAUUUUGAAAUGUUUCUGAUCUCUUUACAAUCAAGUCAAAUUGUCUGACUGAAAUAGAACUUGUCACACUGAUGAAUUGAUAUUCGUCAAAUUUAAUUGAUAAAGAAAUUUAGUGUGGAAAAUAAAAUAAUAAAAACUUGUUGUUGUUGAAAA